CUUCCUCAGUAGGAGCAGGGGGUUAAGAAUUAGGUGCUUCUCCAAAAACUGCUGGCCAUCCUGAAAGUCUCUCAAAGCCUUCAGAAGGACUUCAUACCUAGCAGGUCAGGAGCUGAAUCACCAAGAACACAGAUGGAAAAGGGAGGAGCAAAAAGUGAAGGAUUGUAUUUCCUUUGAGGGACACAGCUCCGGUCUAACCUGCCAGCCUGUCCACAUCACCAUCAGAAAACACAAAGGUAGUAAUUGAAAUAAAAAUGGGCUCCCUCUCCACAGCAAACGUUGAAUUUUGCCUUGAUCUGUACAAGCAGCUGAACAGUAAUAAUGCAGGAGAUAACAUCUUCUUUUCUCCACUGAGUCUGCUUUAUGCUCUAAAUAUGAUCCUUCUUGGUGCCAGAGGAUACACUGGAAGGCAAAUAGAAAAGGUACUUCACUAUCAACAUACUAGAGAGCUUUUAAAACCAGAGUUUAAGGAUUCAUCUGAGUGCAGCCAAGCUGGAAGAAUACAUUCAGAGUUUGGAGCCCUUCUCUCUCAAAUCAACCAACCAGAUUCUAACUACACCCUCAGCAUUGCCAACAGACUCUAUGGGGCAAAGACGAUGGCAUUCCAUCAGCAAUAUUUAAGCUGUUCUGAGAAACUUUACCAAGCCAGACUACAAAUUGUUGAUUUUGAACGAUCUACAGAAGAAACAAGGAAAACUAUCAAUGCUUGGGUUGAAAGGAAAACUAAUGGAAAAAUCACAAACCUCUUUGAAAAGGGUACAAUUGACCCUUCCUCUGUAAUGGUCCUGGUGAAUGCCAUAUAUUUCAAAGGACAGUGGCAAAAUAAGUUUCAGGAAAGUCAGACAUUUAAAUCCCCUUUUCAGCUAAGUGAGGGUAAAAGUGUAACUGUGGAAAUGAUGUACCAAACUGGAACAUUUAAAUUGGCCUUCAUAAAGAAUCCUCAUAUGCAAGUUCUUGAGAUGCCUUAUGUUAACAAAAAACUGAGUAUGAUUAUUCUGCUUCCAGUAGGCACAGCUAAUGUAGCUGAGAUAGAAAAGCAGCUGAAUGUGAGGACCUUUCAACAGUGGACCAACUGUUCUAACAUGAUGGAAAGAGAAGUGGAAGUACAUAUCCCUCGAUUCAAACUUGAAAUCAAAUAUGAGUUAAAUUCCCUGCUAAAAUUCCUAGGAAUGACACAUGUCUUCAACCCAGCCAAAGCCGAUUUCUCUGGAAUGUCACCAGACAAGGGCCUGUAUUUAUCCAAAGUUAUCCACAAGUCCUAUGUGGAUGUCAAUGAAGAGGGCACGGAGGCAGCUGCAGCCACUGGGGACAACAUUGCUGUAAAAAGACUCCCCAUUCGGCAUCAGUUCCUAGCAGAUCAUCCUUUCCUGUUCUUUAUAAUGCACACUCCUACCAGUACGGUUCUCUUUGCUGGCAAGUUCGCCUCCCCAUAAACAGAGAGAGGUGAGAAUCAUUGGGGAGGUUGGUGUAGGGGCAGACUGGUGGCCAUAGAUCUUAGUGCGUAUGCCUCUGUGCCACAGUUUGCUCAUUUUCAGAAUAUGUCUAGGACCACUUCCAACUCAUUGUAUGAGCUGGUGAAGGUUAUCUGGCUUCUUUAUCUUUGGGUCCUCAUGUGAGUGCUCUCUAGGUAGUAUGAUUGACUUAAUGAGAAAUGUUUUAAGGGGUCAAAUUCUCUUAAAUUGUACAUAUUAGAAGUAUUGUGAAUAGGAUUCUUUGCCUUCAAAAACAGCGUAAGGAUUUCUACUUUGGUUGGAUUUUGAAAUAUAAUUCUCUUUGCAUAUAUAUAUAUGUCUCUAUAUAUCUAAUAUUGUGUGUUUUUGUUCAGAAUUCUGU